GCGCCUGCGCGCGGCGCGUCCGGGCGGAUCCGGCGGAAGCGCGGCGAAGGUUCCGGGGCCGCGAUGGCUCCGGACCCCUGGCUCCCGCUGCUCGCCGCCGCUCGCCAGCUCGCCCAGGACAUCGCCGAGAGGAUCCAGGAGCGGAACCGCUGCCAGCGGAGCGGGGAGAGCUCGGCCAAGGUCAACGUGGCCAUCAGGGCCUCUCUGCAGAGCCUGAGGGAGAAGAUUGAGCAGCUGAGGGAGCAGCUGCUGCGGGCGGUGUCCACGCGCCAGAUCACGCAGCUGGAGGGGGACAGGAGGCAGAAUUUGGUGGAUGAUCUCCUGACACGGCACAGACAGCUGGAGGCAUCCUACAGGAAUGAAGGCCCGGAGCCAGACAUGAGCAGGUCCAGCCUCAUGGCAGGAGGGGCCAAACGAGGCGUCACCAACCCCUGGCUCUUGGAAGAGUCGGAGGAGACCAGAGGACUUGGCUUUGAUGAGCUCAGGCAGCAGCAGAGAAGGAUCAUUGAAGAACAAGAUGCUGGACUGGAUGCUCUCUCUUCAAUCAUAUCCCGGCAGAAACAAAUGGGGCAGGAAAUUGGGAAUGAGCUGGAUGAGCAGAAUGAGCAAGCAGCUGACACUAAAGGUUUAUGUUCAAACAACCACUGCAGAUCUGCCCAUUCACCACCUGAUUUUAUUGUGCCUCACUCCUUUCCCUGUGGGCUGUGUCCAGUGUAAAACACUUGGGGUGUUUCCCCAAGCCUGACUUGUGAACAAAGAGAUUGGUGAUUACUGGUGCAAAGUACAGAAUUAAUUUUGUACUCCAUCUUCUGCAUUUUUCUGUUCUAUGACAGUUUUUAUGUGUUGCAGGGCUUCACUUGAGCAUUCUCAUUCUGUGUCUUUCCUGAUUAACUGAAAUGGAAAAGUCUUAAGCCAGCAAUUAAAGCAGCAUUGCAUUGUUUGCUCCAAAGGAUUUGGUUUGGGAGGGUUCAUGGCAGUGAGUGAAGAUCAAAUAAAGUGUAAUGUUGAACCAGGAGAGCACCUAGUUCCUUUCAGGGGGCCAUGGGCCAAGUGGAAUUGCUGGUAAAUCUGCUGUGUUACUUCAUUGUGCACAUGCCAUGAGCUGCCCUGGGAGAGCAGAAUCUCCAGUGCUCCUGACUUUUCCAUUCCUCCUGGAAUAGUCCUGGGAGGGCCCUGCCAGCUUCUCCCUCUCACAAAGGCAGCACCCCUGUGCUUCAGCACUGAGCAGGGCAGUGUCCUUGAUACUAAGUGAUAACCUUGAAAUCUAACCCUGGAUGCUGCUUCUUCCUGGGAUGAGAUUCUCCCUUUGUGUCUCUCUGUGAGUUUGCUUGGAGUGAGGGGUUCCCAAACUCACAUCCCUGCCAUGAGGUGCUGCAUGGAGCUCUGCUCUGAAGCAGGAGGAUGGAUUUCUCCUGUUUGCCACAGCUAAAUCCACGAGGGAUAGGAAAUGCCUAGAAUAUGUCUUUGUUUAUUAAUCUUAAGGUUGUUAAGGAAGGGUUUGUGCAGCUGGGAGAGACUGCUUAGUGCUCUUGUCAUGUUUGGAUCCUCUGCCUCAUGUGAGGAAAGACAUUUUCAAUUAGGGGGUCUCAUCUCAUAGGUUCCUUUAUUAAUCGCUGCUUAAAAAGUCAUAUUGAUUGCUUUUUUUUUUUUUUUUCUCUAAAUAGGAAACAGGUGGGAAGCAUGAGCAUGUUUAUGGACUCUGUGAAACUUUGGUUUCUCCUCAGGAAAAUGCAUGAUCUGUGUCCCAUUUCUCUGUUGGGGGUUGGGGAUGGUUCCCCAGAUUCUUAUGUUUUGGGACCCUGAAGGUUCUGUGUUUUGUGCCAUUGAAUUUUUGCCAGACUUAUUCUAGCACUGAGGCCUCAAAAUGUCUGUGAAAUAGAAAAUAUUUAAUCCUCCUUUUUAUAAAGAAUGCAAAUAGUGCUGAUGUUGUUUGUCUUAUAGCUAGAAAGCCUAGAGCAAAAUUCCUGUGUUUUCAUGGGAGCUCUACCUUGAGCUGCAGGCAACUCUUUCUCAAAAAAGGGAAACUCAGCUGAGUUUGGAGUGGGAGUGGUGAGGAUUGUGUGUGCUGGGUCCCAGAGCCAGGAGAGCAGACCUGCCAGCCGUGUAGGAAGUGUCAUCAGGAGGUGCUGCAGCUGUCCAAGAGCUGGGACAGAGCCUGGCAGAUGUGGGGAGAUCACUCAGCACUUGGCUGCAUCCCUGCCGGGCGAGUGGAACUCCCCUGUUUCCGAAAUCCCUUUUUUUUUUGGGCUUUUUUGGCUGAUGUGGGGGGGGAUAAGGUCAGACAUUUUGUUGCCACUGGCACCCUGGAAAAGCUGAAAUCCUUAGCAACAUUUUCCAGGGGCUGUUUCCCUGUGCACACCUUGCUUCAUGCCCUGUGCUUCAGCACGAGCAGACUUUGCUCAGGCGCUGUGCCAAGCUCGUGUCACUGCUGCACGCUCAGGCUGAUGAGGAUAACUGCCCUGCAAUUUCCCCUUCCCUGGAAUCCCUUUCCUUCCUGGUGCUGAGUGAUAAUGGCAUCGUCUGCAUUGUGGGGAGCCAGGGGAAGUUCAUCUUCAUUAAAGUGCUGCUUCAACAUUUCUUUUUCCUCGAGUCAGAUUUUCCAUCCAGCCACCCCUUUCUGUGGGAAGCUUGACUUCCACUUGCCCGACCUGCUGGGGAUGUUCCCAUCUUCUGCAGCUCAGGAGGUGCCUGUGGCUUGUCCUGCUGCUCAAAUAAAACCUGGCUUAAUUCAGAAGUAGCUGAUAAUGUGCAUUAAUGAAUUAGGCUUUAGGGAGCCGGGUACUGAUUUUGCAGACCUGUUCCUCAGGUCUGCUUUUCCCAUUCCAAGGCAGCUGUGGCUCUCUGGAGGUGUUUGCUCCCCAGCUCUCCGAGGUGCCAGAGGCGUUUCCCCCCAGUGCCAGCUGGUGUAGCUGUGUGUUUGCAGAUGCAGCAGGACCCAGGCAUUGAUUCAUUAUGCAAAGUUUACUCCUCACAGAGCCGGUGCAUGCGAAUUCCUUUGUGUUUGUUAAAUGACUGCAAAGUGAUUAAACUCUGCCUUUGGGAGGGAGGUGCCUCCUGGGAGGAGGAGCAGGGCUGGAGCUUUGUCCCAGGGCAUCGCUGGGGUUUGCUGGAGCUGUGCCCAUGGAAAGGUCGGUCCCUGUCCCUGUCCCUGGACUGGUGGUGACACCAGGUGACACCAGCCUGGCUUAGCUGCACAUCUGUCAUCCCAGGAAUGCUGUGGAGCCAGCAGGGGUUGCUCAGGUGGGAUCCCUCCAGCCUGCCUGGCACACAAUAUCCUGGAAAAGCCCAUUGCCCCCGGGCACAGCUGGGAUGGAUGUGGUUGCUGAGUCCCAUCCUUGCCUUUCAUUGAGCAGCAUCCCAGUUUUAGUGGGAGUCUCAUGUGGUUCUUUACUCAGGUUUUCACUGUAGCCCUGUCCUGCAGAUUUUAAGGCUCUGCUGAAAGCUGAUGGCCUUUGUAAACCUUUGCACUGAUGAGCAAAAUAGGAGCAGGGUACCAGGAGACUUUGUUUUUUUCCAGCCUCAGGAGUCUGCUAGCAGUGGGGAUUAGCAAAAGAAUUUUCCCAUCAUUAGCUCCAAAUUUGGCCCCAGAAAACUUUCUGUAAUCCUUUCAUCUGUUCCAUAAAAAAAAAAAAGAAAGAAAAUAGUGUAAAUGGCCUCUGGCCCUGGUGAUGAGGCAAUCUAAUCUAGUGCAAUAAUUGUGGAAGAAUGCUUUCAGAAAUUGUGAAUGCUGUUUGUUUUACCCUUAUAGAGAUGUUGUUUUCUCAUUGUGACAUGCUUGCAUGAGAAUAGAGUACUCUGGCAUGGAUGGUAAAUAUUGGGAGCUUGCAAAACUUGCCCUGUUUGGCAAUUUUCCCCUGUCAGUGUCCGUUUGCUUUGCUCUGUUGAGGAUGGGUUCUUUUGCUUCUGGCUCCUCUUGAAGUUUAUAGCAGAGCAUAAAUAAAUUCAUAAAUAUAUAAGCUUCAAAAUCAGACAUUUUAUGUCCUUUUCCUGGUUAGGAGAAUGCUGUAUCCAGUUAUGAUGCUCUUAACCAGACUGGAUAAUUUUAAGUAAACUAUCUGUCAUAAUAAUCCUUUAAUUAUAUGGUUAUGUAACAUUUUGAAUUCCUUGUCAAAAUCAAGUUUCUGAAACCGGCCAGAAAUUGUAGCAUUAUGUUUUUGUUUACAAUAGCUUUGCAAAUCAAGGUUGCAGUGUCACCUCUGGUCACAGUGGGUGGCACAAAACCCUCCAUGGGGGACUCAGCUCAGCCUGGUGUGAGAUUUUUGUUACUACUGCUGAGUCCCUUGUUCUGUUUAUUAUUAAUAACAUAAUUGUUGUUUUAUUUGCCUUAUUAAGCAUACUAAUAAAAAACUGUUACUCCUAUUCUCAUAUCUUUGGCUAAAACCCCUUAAUCUCAAAAUUAUAAUAAUUCAAAAA